CUUUACUGCUAAAUUAGAGUGAUAAUAUUGUGAGCAGCAGUUGUGUUUUUGGUCUCUGUCUUUUCCUUUUCUGCCCAACUUUGUGUCUCUUCUUCCUCCUAUUUCAAAAAGGCUGUCCCAGUUUCAGCUCCAGUUUGAUUCCCCUGUGCCUAUUCCUCCUCUCCCCUCCUCCUCCGCCUCUCUCUCUCUCUCUCUCUCUCCUCCAUCUCCAAAAUCCCACCUUUUGCCCUCCCCUCUCUCUUUCAUGGAUCCCAAGGGCUCCUCCAAGCUGCCCCAGGAGGUGCCCAACUUCCACUUGCAGUCAGAUAAAAGCGAACCCACAACGCCCCCUGCAACAGCAGCCGCAGAAAGCAGAGACCUUUCGGCAUCCGCAGGCUUGGAGAGGGGGCGGCAGGUAGUGGUGGCCGGGAAGGAUGAACAAAGAAGGCAGCUUGCACCCAAGAGGAGCUCCAACAAGGACAGGCACACCAAAGUUGAUGGCCGGGGAAGAAGGAUCAGGAUGCCUGCCCUCUGCGCUGCUAGGAUCUUUCAGCUCACCAGAGAACUCGGCCACAAGUCCGAUGGGGAGACCAUCCAGUGGCUGCUCCAGCAAGCGGAGCCCUCCAUCAUCGCCGCCACCGGCACGGGAACCAUCCCCGCCUCGGCCAUCGCCGCUGCCGCUUCCGCCUCCAUGUCCCUCCCUGGCGCCACUGUCGUGGCCGGCCUCCACCAGAAGCUCGACGAUUCGGGACAGGGGGCCGCUCGGCCUACUUGGGCCGUGAUGGGGACUGCUAACCUCAGCCGCUCCCACCCUGGCUUAUGGCCGCCCCCGGUGGGUGGGCUCAAUUCUGGUUUCUUGCAUGCCGGCGCCGCGGCUCCAUCAAGUUCGAAUCUUGCGACCGGGGGCGGCGGCGACUGGUCGAUGGGCGGUUUCAUGCCGAGGAUUGGAUUGCAUGGACUUGAAUUUCCCGGCGGGAAUCUGGGCGCCGUGAGCUUUGCGGCGAUGUUGGGCGGGCAUGGGCAGCAGUUGCCGGGGCUGGAGCUAGGGCUCUCGCCGGAGGGCCAUAUUGGAGCUAUGAAUCCUCAGGGAUUAAGCCAGUUCUAUCAACAGAUGGGGCAGGGGAGGGGAGGAGUAGGUGGUGGUGGAAGUGGGCAACUGCAUCAUCAUCAUCAUCAGCAGCAGCAGCAUCAGCAACAGGCUCGAUCGGAGAAUGAUUCACAGGGGUCAGAACAGUAGAAGGCAGAGUUUGAAGGUGAAUCUGGUGAUUAAUGGGAAGAAAAUUUGCAGUCUAGUCCAAAAAUAUCAUCAAGAUUUAAUUUUUCUUCGGAAAUUGAGCAGAGAGAUCAGAAUGACACCUGUCUGCCCCUUCUUUCUCUGCAACUGUCAGUGGUCACUGCAUUCAGGAUUUGGAGUAUGAAGGCGUAUAUUAGUGGAUCUGAAUCAGUUGGAAGGAUCUCAGCGAAGUUAAUUUGUUUGAGGUGUGCAAAUAGUAGUUUUGGGAUUUACUCAACAAUUUUUUUCUGUCAAGAAUUGGUGGAUUUGUGAUUGGCUUGAAUUGUGACAAAUAAAUAUUAGCAUUACUUGUGCUUGUGCAUUUUGUUGUCGAACAUUUCCAGUACUUAAUAAAAAAGGACCUAUUCCUGUAA